GCCUUAUUUAAAGGCAGCUGAUGUCGAAUAGAAGGUCUGACUCCUGUCCGGAUGAUUCAAGACAGGCGACUAUGGACCCAGCACAGCCCCGGCAUGCAAGGGAAGCAGUCCUCGAGUCCCUCCACCUUUACAUAUAAACCCCCAAAACGGUAACAGGAGCCGCUUAUCGGACAUCUGAGAAAGACAAGAACAACGACAAUGCCCUUUCAUUGAACAUGAGCACCAUCAGCAACGCCAGCUACAUUUCCCUCCCUGCCCUCCCCCGCAUCGUCACCGAGUGGUGUGCUCUGGUGCCGCUGGUCGUGCACCUUGCCAGCCCGCACGACGAGUUCCAGGUGAUAGGCGAUGCGUGUCUCCGGGGCAAAAUCCGCCUGGAUCUCAUGCCCAAGCUCGGCCAGCUCAAGGGCGUCGCGAAACUGCUCUCGUUCGGGUCGGCCGUGCUCGACCAGACCAGCAGCGCAGGCGUCGCCGGGUCCAUGACCGUGUGGGACGUGUCCUGGGGCAGCGUGUUCCAGUGCGCCAACGGGGCUGCGAGAGAGCUGCUCACGGCGCACGCCUUCCGCCGGAAGACCGACGUCGUCGAGGUCGAGACUACGGCGCCAGAAGCAGCCGGAGAUGGGAGACAGCCGCAGACAAAGGUGGACGGAAGGGAGCCUGCGACCAAACCGUCCAUCCCCAAGAACGUCGCCUUCAGCCGUCCGCAGGUGCUGCACCUUGUCGAGUUGCGCUUCGACAAGACUUCCUCCGGCAGCAAAGGCUCCACGACCCCCAGCCUUGUAGAGCGAUUGUGCACCGUACUCGGCCACGUCCUCGCGACAGCCCCGAUCUUACCGCUGGCCCUCUGCGGUGCCUACGGGACGUGUGCCCUGCUCCUGUUGUCUCGCGUCAACGCCCUGGUCUGCCAGCGCCUCCCCAUCCACCGACCGCCAGGCUAUCUCGGAAACACCGAGACGUACAAUUCCGCCUGCAUGCUGGUGGCACCCCACGACAAUGCGUCGACGUGGCACCUCUACCGCGGCGACCGCGCCGUCGUCGACUGGCUGCUCAACAAGCCCAUGCUGGCCAUCAGGACGCCACGUGGCUGGCCGUGGGCCUUCUGGUACUUCCAGCUGACGCACUACCUCCAGCUGUUGGCCAUGACCUACGUGGCUGCCCAGAAGGGCUGGGACGGCGUGUUCCUGCUCGUGUUGAUGGUAAUCUCGCGCCUGGCCGGGUCUGACGCGGCGGCGAUGACGCCCUGGGCUGCUCGAGCCGGAGGAGCGGCCGCCAUUUGGCUUCGACAGAACAACAUCAAUAUCGAGGUGAACACGUUUCGCAUGACUGGUCGGACGCAAAUGAUUGGAGCGAUUGAAUUGAUUAACGGCAUGGACCAGAGUGAAGGCUCAUCGCCACAGUCAUCGUCAUCCUCAUUGCUAUCAUCCUCGACAUCCUCCUCUGCUUCCCUAAUUGGAAACCAUCAGGACACGGGCAGCCACGGGACCAGCGCAUCGUCUUCGAUAAGAUCCCAUACCUUGAGCUCUAUGGGUUCAAAACUACGCGCAAAUUGGAUGGACAGCAUCAUCGCACAAUCUCCACGCCGUGACAUGUGGCUAGAACGCUUGAGCACUACUAUGCUUGCCAAAAUGCAGCAGCUGACCCAGCCGAUCUUGACACCAGACGUGGCUACUCCCAGCAUUAUCAACGAAAUCCUCGAACCUGCGAAUAUACCGACGCUCAAUCCGAACCUUGUACAACAGCUGAGCAAUCCUGUUCCUGAGACAGGAGAUGCACAGCUGCCAAGUUCGAAUAGCAACGAGCUCUCCGACACCAUUGAUCGACCCGGACCCGAGUCUGUGAACAUUCCCCCAGGAACUGAUGAGAGACAAGAUCAUCUCGUCAAACGGGCCCUUGAUGCAGAUGCACCAUCAUUGAAUGUCCAACAGCCCUCGGGUCCCGAAGCCGGAGGAUCUGCUGGUCCCGAUUUUCGACUCUCCUCAACUGAGAGUCUCAUGGACGUCAAAUGGGUGGAUCAGAAUGCUCUUUGGGCAUGGGAGACGGCUCGGUGCAUCAUCCAAUCUUGCGCCGCAGCUCCGUCUAUAGAGACAAAUCCCUCGCAGAGUCCAGGCAAUGCACGGAUGACUGCCGUCCAAGCCUAGAACGCGAAGUCUUCAACUCCUUAGACACUGGGUUUGAGACCUUGAAGAGUUGCUAUAAUUCUGAUGUCAUUCCUCGUCCGUAACUCUGGUCAGCAUCAAUCAUCAUGAAUCUGCUGGAAGGAUAGUUGAGUCUUGGAUGCCGAGUCAUGCCGCUGGCCCUUAUUUAUCAUCCAACGGCUUGUAGAAAGGAACCACCGACGAUGAAUAGAAACGGGCAUUGUUUAAGGGACAGGCGAAUUCUGUAAUUUUUGGUCUAUCCUCGUGGCGAAACCAGCAAAAAGAGG